CAUCACCGACCGGCUACUCGACUACGCGCGAGCCUUCUUGUCUGAUCGCACGCUUCGGGUGCGGGUUGGAGGUGCGCUCAGCCGGCCGCGCAGUGUGUUUUCUGGUGUUCCGCAGGGCAGUGUUUUGAGCCCCUUUUUGUUUAAUCUUGCCCUCGCGCGACUUCCGGACUACAUCCCAAAAGCGAUGUCGCACGAGGUACGGGUGGCAAUCUACGCAGACGACAUCGCCCUCUUUGCGACUGGCCCUACUCAAGUCGGCUAUCAGGUGCGUGCAUCUGUCCCGACUGCCAUUGACGCGGUGGACCAGUACAUGGGAAGCAUCGGCCUCCAGCUGUCGGCGACCAAAACAGAGGCACUACUGGUACACCCGCGAGGAACGCGAGCACGUUCCGAAGCGCCACCGCUGACUCUGCGCCGCUGCCCUCUCCCGUGGCGCAAGAGCGGCCGUCUCCCACAUCUGCAAGCAAUCAAGGAAAGUCGCCAGCGCCGCGCGCUCUCUUCUCGCGCGUGGACACGGAUGCACGCCGCAACUCGCACUGCGCGUGUACAACUCUGUCGCCACAUCGAGAGCACUCUACGCCCUCCCCACCACCAACGCUCGAGCGGCGAAUUGGAAUGCUAUUGACAUGGCGCACCGUACUGCGGUGCGAGAACUAUACGGCCUCCCUCGCUCCUCCCAAGUAGGGGCGACACUCGCGGAAGUGGGCAACUGGCGGCCAUCGCUUCGUGCACGGAAGCAGGCGCUCCACCACAUUGAGCGCCUGCAGCGCUCACCACAGGGCCAGCGGCUCGUCUGCAGACUCCACUCCCUGCCGAACUCGGGAAUGGGCAAGUGCGCCACCGAGUUCUCACAGCUCAUCGGGUCGUCGCCACAGUUCGCCUCCCUGCCGUACUACUCCAGUCUGCUCGACGUGAACAUCGCGGUGCCUGGCGUCGCAUCAAAGCGCCGAACUGCGGUGUGCGCCAUGAGACAGGAGACCGCCUCCCUACUGCACGAGCGACUGGCAGGACGACUGCUCGUUUACACCGAUGGCUCGGUGACGCCGGACGGGUCUGGUGCUGCGGCUUGCAUGGCACCGGACAUCUCGGAAACGCGCCAGUGCCGACUGCGCUUUGCCGCGUCAUCGACAGUGGCCGAACUCGCCGCCAUCGAUCUCGCUGCCGACAUCCUUUUGGAGCAUCCGAACAUUGUGUCAGCGGCCAUUCUCACUGACUCUCGUGCGGCGCUUUGCAUGCUGGCCAGGGACUAUGCCGGAGUGCCCCUUGUUGUUCGAGUUGGCUGCAAGCUGCGACACAUCGUGAAUCAAGGCUGCGACCUGGCGCUCCAAUGGAUACCCGCACACAUCGGAUUGCCAGGCAACGAGGAGGCUGACUCCCUCGCCAAGGCGGCGCACGGUGAGCGCUUUCCCCUCACCCACUUGGUGACAAGCUUCGACGCGGCCAAGACAGCGGUUCUGCGGAGCCUCACUGCGCAACACCCUGAUCGGCGCGUCGCGGCGGGAACGCCCCCGCGCCUGCUCCCGCGUGUGGGCCUCUCUCGGGCUGACUGCGCCUUCCUUCUCCGCCUGCGCAUCGGCUGCUGCGAAACAGCGGCGCGCACACACAGGCUCACGGCAACAGGCAGCCCCGUGUGUGGUAGCUGCGACGGCGUGGAGACACUGGAGCAUCUUCUACGUCACUGCCCGGCCUUCGGGACCGAGAGGGAGGCUCUGUACGCCUCCUACCGCCGAUGUGGCUUGCCAUCGACCACCCUGCAGUGCCUACUCUUCCCCAAUGCUCACAGCUCCAUUACCAAGCGUGCAUUUUCGGCAUUGAUGGAAUUCUGUGAAGCAACACACCUCAGAGCGCGGCUGUAGGCCCCGCAAACGCUUAGCUACAUUGUCGUUUUUUUUUUUUUUUGCUAUUCCGGUCUUUCUCUCCUUUUUACUUCCGGUCACUAUCUCCAUCUUUUUCUCCCCAUACCCCUCCCCCGUGCAGUGCUGUUGAGGUGUCCUCCUGUGAGAGACAGUUACGGCACUGCACUUAUCUCUUCCAUUUCUCUUUAAAAAAUCACUUCACACACGAAAUACAUGCACGUGCACUCGACCACAAUAUUGUACGGCACACGAAAUAUGAGAAAAAGCUGAAUAUCUGCCCAGCCUCACAACGCAGCCCAGUAUUCGCAUUUGCAGGCUCUACCAGUAUAUGUGAACACCAUUGUGUUAAGUUUUAGUGACCACGGUUACAAGCUGCUUGGAAAUUGAACGUUUCGUGUACUCCCGUGGUCGGCAAAGAUUUGUGGUUGACUGUACCAGUUAUUUUGUGCUUCAGUGCAUGAAAGAGCGUUUUGAUAAAGAGGUAGGUGGAACAAUAGCGCAUUUUUACGGCGAGUUUGAUGGUGCAUAUCUCAAAAUUUGGCUUCAUUCUGGAAAUUCAUUCCAAGUGGACACGCCUUGCAAUCUCACCAGCUACAUUUUGCGAAUUUUAGUACGUGCCGUGAAGUAGUUAAGACGUUUUUUAGUUAAUUGUUUAAAAAAUGGAGUCUGUGUUUCGAUUUCUCGUGCAAAUAACCCCCGCCUCUAUGAGUAAUGUAGCUCAAGGACUAGAAAUAUGGUAUCUGCUACAGGUGAUUUUUAGAAAAAUUCCGGAAAACUUAAGUAGGAUCACCCAGUAUACUCAAGUUUAGUUAACUUCAGCGAGUCUAAGUCAAUUCUUCGGUUAUUACAACACGGUAUCCAAAAAUCAUUUUCAAAUAAGACAUAGCUAAUUACAUAGCUAACAUAGGACUUGGCAGCGGCGGCAGCAACGUGUCUACAUCGCUAACGGCGAAACUGCUCCUGUUGCAGAUCGUACUUCACCUUCCUGAGCACUCCUGCGGCCGGGAACCCGGAAAACUGACAGUUCUGCUGCUGGGAACCUACGCCAUUUCUGAAGCCAUCACCACCGAGCCUUAUCAUCGAAUGCCAGGCGUGCUACUGUCUGCGCAAUCUACCGUCAGCGCGCUGCCGUAAACCCUGAGACAAUCUGCGCAGGCGCCGUCUGGGAGCCCGCACAAGAUAAAAAAGCGAACGCUUGGACCGUUCGGCUACUUGGCAGCGGCGGCAGCAACCUGUCUACAUCGCUAACAGUGAAACUGCUCCUGUUGCAGGUGAAAUGCCCCGCAAAUUCAUUACCGGCAGCCGAGUAGAGCGUGGGCAUCCAGUCGACGACGUGCACCAGCUGCGGCAG